AAGAGGUUCAAAAUUCAAACCUAUAAUAGUAAUAAUAAUCUUCUGAUCCUCAUCGGAGUAACGAACCAGACGCUCAUGGCGUCACCGAAUUCCUCCGUGAAAUCAUCAUCUUCCACCAGCAGCAUUGAAGACGACGACACCUUCUGCUCCACUCCAUGCCUCAGAGACGCCAACUGCAACUGCAAAAUCUGCCAAGCUAGUUUCAACGCAACCCUAGAUUUACUCCCGUUAAGCGCCCAAAGACCUUCCAAACCCUCUCCACCCGAAACCCCUCUUUUCUUCGAUCCUUCCACCGUCUCCACUCCGACCUCUCAUCUCGAGGUGUCUCCGCCUGUUAAGUCACCGGUGGUCAGGACUGAUUUGAAGCUGAAGCUCAACAGGAAGAAGAAGACUGGAUUUGGAUACGGUUUGAUGACGGUUAAAUGUGUUUUGGUGGUUUUGUGUUUGAAUUUGGUUGGGAACUUACUCAACUUAGGGUUUGAGUUUGUUAGUUAUAGAGUUAUGAGAACCGAAUUGUCUCCGGAGAUAGUGAGAAAGUUAGGUGAGAAGUCGUUAGGGCUUGGAGAUGUGAAAGAACAAUUAGGGUUUUUGCAUAGUGAGCUGCAGAAUGUUCUUGGAGCUACAGAUGCUAGGUUUGAAAUUCCUAAUUGGGAAAUAGUCGAGGAUGGUUUGAUCUUGAGGUCUCGUUGUAGACUCUACAAAUCUGGAAUGGAAGAAGUGAGUGUUUGGGGAUGGCCUCUGCAGACUUCUGGGUUGGUUUCAACUGAUUUUGGUUCAAGAUCAUUCACUGUCUUAUCCGGAAGAGUUACAGAGUGGUUGAAUGGAGGGUCGAAUGGUUUGAUUCGAACAGCAAAUACUUCAUGGGAACAAGGAAAGUGGAGUGCUUCUGUAUGGCGUUUGGAUGAAAAUACUUGGAUUCUCGAGUAUAAAAGAAGCUUCGUGUUUGAGGAUACAAGGCCGUUUUCAUCAGCAAUGGAGUUUUUGAGAUUCAAGAUGAUGAGAUCAUUACAAUGGAUGAAGCGAUUGUGGCAAUUUCCAAAUGCUAAUCAUUUAGCUCCCACAUGAAAAGAUUCAAGUCUGGUUGUGUUGACUUCUGGUAUAUUCUUCAUUACCUGUUAGAAGUUUAUGAUGUCUUGUUAUAACCAACUAAUGUUCUUAGUAUGACAUGUUCAAUGUUUUUUUUUUU